AUGCAAUUCCUCACUUCUGUCGCUACUUUACUUUUAGCCUCCGGUGCUUUCGCUAAGACUAUCCUUUUAUCCAAUGAUGAUGGUUGGGCUGCUACCAACAUCAGAGCUACUUACUACAAAUUAAAAGAAGCAGGUCACGAUGUUUUCAUGGUUGCUCCAGUCUCCCAAAGAUCUGGUUUCUGUGGUACCUUCGAUCUUCCAGAAACCCCAACUUUAGAAACCAAUGGUGGCUUCAACUACCCUGCUGCUGGUGCUCCAUCUUGGGGUCACGAAGUUGAUGAUGACCACA